CCGUGUGUUCACGAAGAGAAAAACACAUGUCAUCACUGCAUGUGUAUUGUGUAAUAAAAUAUAAUAUAUCUUCGAAACGAAAAUGGCUGCCAAUAUAGCUAGUCUUUUAAACCGAAUUGCAUCCUUGGGUUUGGGCGUUGCAAUAGCUGGCGGUGUCGUUAAUACAGCUCUUUAUAAUGUUGAUGGUGGUCACAGGGCUGUUAUAUUCGACCGAUUCCAAGGCGUCAAAGAUGAUAUCUCAGAUGAAGGAACACAUUUUCUCAUCCCAUGGGUUCAACGACCGAUAAUAUUCGACAUACGUAGUCGCCCAAGAAAUGUUCCUGUAACAACUGGUAGUAAAGACUUGCAAAAUGUCAAUAUCACCUUGAGGAUAUUAUUUCGACCAGAAGCAAAACGAUUGCCUGGUAUUUAUACAAAUCUUGGUGAAGACUAUGAUGAAAGAGUUUUACCUUCCAUUACAACUGAGGUGUUAAAAGCCAUUGUGGCUCAAUUUGAUGCAAGUGAACUAAUAACACAAAGAGAAGUAGUUUCAUACAAGGUUCGAGAAGCACUGGUGGAUCGUGGAAAGUCGUUUGGUCUUAUCUUGGAUGAUAUUUCAAUUACUCACUUGACAUUCGGACGUGAAUUCACUGAAGCUGUAGAAGCCAAACAAGUUGCUCAACAGGAAGCUGAACGAGCUAGAUUCUUGGUGGAGAAGGCAGAGCAACAGAAGUUAGCUGCAAUUGUUGCUGCAGAAGGGGAUGCUAAAGGAGCAGAGUUGAUUGCCAAGUCAUUUGAAGAAGCAGGUGAAGGAUUGAUCGAACUAAGAAAGAUUGAAGCAGCUGAAGAAAUUGCAGACCGAGUCAGUCAAGCACCAAACAUUGCUUAUUUGCCAGGAGGCAAUAUGCUAUUGAAUCUGCAAGCUCCUUAAAUAAUCAGUAUUACUUAAUAUUUAUAAUACAAUUCUUUUACAAGAGAUAA